GUUUUUACUCAUAAAAGAUAAGAAGGUUCAUGAUGUGUGCACGAAAGCCCUUUCAAUUUACCUCUCGAACGAAUGCAGACGGUCUCCUACUAUUCAGCUGAUGAUAUCGCAACAGCAGAGAGCCUGCAGUUCUUAGCGUACACAUCCGCGUCGAUGGCUACAUUCUGGACCUAUGAUUAUGCUUGUUCACUGCAAGAAGAGUUGACGUUCCUGCUUCGAUCACGCUGGACCAUGGUAAAAAGCCUUUAUAUUAUUACACGACAUGUCCCCUUUCUCCUCCUCCUCAACGACAUGUAUCUGUACUUCACCCCGAACGAAAAUCCAAAUAAAUGUCAGACAGUGAUUAGUAUUUACUCAUGUUUGAGCAUCAUAUCAGUCGCUUGCUCCGAAUUCAUUUUUGUGCUCAGAACAUAUGCGCUCUGGAAUAACAAUAGAAUCAUACUCAGAGUCAUGUUGUCUGCCUUUUUCGCUGUGGUAGUUGCAUGCGUCGUCCUUGAUCUUACCACUGCCGACGCCUCACAUGUGACGAUCAGCGCCAUCCCAGGCAUCCAAGGCUGCUACCGGUCCUCCGCUGUCCAAGUUUCCAUAAUGUUUAUUCUCUUGCUUGCGUUUCAACUAGGACUCAUCUCCCUCACGAUCAUACGUGCCGUACAGACCUGGCGGGUGGUCAAUGGCCCUCUGUACGACAUCCUGGUGAAGCAUAAUAUAUUUUACUAUACAUGUGCUCUGCUCCUCACAGCCGUUAACGUCUUAACGCAGAUGCUGUUUUCCCAGACUGCAUACCGCUUUGUCUGCGAAGUUCUCCAGUUCUUUAUCCUCGCGAUCCUUGCUACGCGCAUGCACCUCUUUCUCUGGCAGAUCGACCGGCAGAUGCAUGGCUCUGAGGCCCUCGUGCAUAUUUCUAUGUCUGACAUGUAACCUGCAGAAUGCACGGUCACGACGGUGUGACGUCUCAUCGCGUGGAUUAUUCGGCGUUGCUGUGGAGUGAGGUUUGGACUGGAUAAGAUGACUCUGAAUCGUGGGGUGACUGGGCUUGUUCGGGAUGCGCUUAACUUAUAGGACUGCAUUUUUUUGUCGUGGGCGGGAGCCUGAGGUUACAUUUGGAUGGUCUUGGUCUAUUUAAUAUCCAUGGGUGUCGAGUUUUCACUGUACAGUAGUCCAUCCCUGUGAAUUGGC